CUGCAAAGCGCUAUUUAAAGUAUUUCAUGCACCAUAUCAAUUUGCUUCGGCAUUAUAAUGUCACACCGGUAGUUGUAUUCGAUGGUGGCAGCAUCCCCUGCAAGUCUGUGACGGAGCAUGAGCGCCACAGGAUUCGUCGUGUAGUAGAUUUAUUGCUCAUUGCCUUUCCUUGUUUCAGAUUGAGUCUAAUGGUUAAAUUUCUACACUUGUUGAAUGAUUUGUAUUUUUUAAAGCUUUCCGUUUAACUUGCUUGUAUAUUGCUGAUGGAGUUUUUUCAUGUUUAAACAACCGGGAGAUGUUCUGUGAAGAGAACAGGAAGAGAAUAUCAGGGAAAAGAUUUACAAAAGUGAAGGAUUAGCUGAAGCUGUUAGAAAUCCAUAAUUGUGGUCAUCAAUUUUCAAUUUUUCAUGAAUGGAAAUGAAUAGUGAAUUGGUUUGAUUUGUACCAACUAGUUUCUUUAAAUUUAGCUCUGAUUUGAACAGCUUAUCCCGGUAAAGGAUAUGUGGUGAUUGUGGCCAAAAUUUUGGCAGUGUUAUUAUUGAAACUUACAGAUUCUUAGUAAUUUGUCAGCUGCUCUUCUCUUCUUCAUGGUUCUAUAUGAAGUAAAGAAAAUCUUUUUUUCUCACUGGGUUUGCACUCAAAUGCUAUCAACAUGCACUAGAAUAAUUCUUUGUUUGGCUUUUUUACUAAUUCAGACGAAGGGAAAGCAACCUUAUGCUGGCAAAGGAGAAGCUCAAGGAAGGGAAUGCCAGUGCUGCCAUUGAAUUCUUCCAAAAAGCAGUGCACAUUACUCCAUCCAUGGCACAUCAACUCAUUCAGAUUUUGAGAUCAGAAAGUGUUGAAUUCAUAGUUGCUCCAUAUGAGGCUGAUGCACAGUUGGCAUACUUGUCGGCAUUUGAUGAUGAUCAAGGGAGCAUUGCAGCUGUAAUAACGGAAGAUAGUGACCUGAUAGCGUAUGGUUGCAAAGCUGUUAUUUUUAAAAUGGAUCGGUACGGGAAUGGUGAAGAAUUUUUGAGGGACAGGGUUUUCAACACCGUCCAUGGAGGACUUUCCUUUAGGAAUUUUGAUAAAGAGUUGUUCACAGGCAUGUGUGUCCUAGCUGGAUGUGAUUUCCUUCCUUCUAUUCCAGGCAUUGGAACUAAGCGAGCCUAUUCCUUGGUCUCCAAGUACAAGAAUUUGGACCGUGUUCUGUCGACUUUAAAGUUUGAAAGGCGAUACCAAAUGCCCGAAGAUUAUUCUGAAUCUUUUUGGAAAACAGUUGCAGUUUUUCACCAUGCUCGAAUUUAUGACAGAGAAACUAAAGCACUUAAACCCAUGAAGCCUUUGGAGCAGAAGCAUCUACAAUCUCUCAAUGGAGAUCUAGAUCUUCUUGGACCGGAGCUCCCACCAUCAAUAGCUGCUGCCAUUGCUGAAGGUCACUUGAACCCUGUCACUAUGGAAGCUUUUAAUUACCUCUCCACAGCUGAAAGUUGCUCAGCUUCUGUCAACAGCCCAACUUUUGAUGACAUAGACCAAGAUGAGACCCGAGUGGCAUCCACGCAAGAGAGUUGCAUCACCAUCUUUUCAGCUAACCAAGCUAAUGGAGAAUAUGUUACAGUUCCAGAGGAUAUUGCUGUGGACCCAAAAAAAUAUGCGAAAGAAGCUCUUGCACUUGGAAAAUUGAUUGCACCAUUGGAAGGUCAUCGAGUCGCGGAACAUGAAGUAGAUCGGAGAACGGUGCCUGAUAACAAUCCAUUCAAGAAGAGGAAGCUAGAGAAUGGGAAGUCAGAGGGAAGAGAGAGUCAUAUGCCUGAACCAGUUUCAGGGCUCACAGAUGAAGGAACUGUUAUGUUGUGUUCAUUACACGAUUCACAAGAAAGCGUGGAGUCUAAGCCUAAGAAGAGAAUAUUAGUUAGAAAAGAGAAGUUCCGGAAGUCUAAUACGAAUGAUAGCAAGAGUCUAAAUAGUGAGAAGAAUGGUAUACUUAAGUUCUUCCAGCGCUUGUAAUUAUUGUCUUUUGGCUAAAUUAUAAAUUAUUUUCUUCUCACCUUAUUUCUUGUCAUAAUAGUGACAUAUGCGACUUAUUUCUUGUUCUAAUCAUGGCUCAAUGGAAAAAUUAGAAUUGUAAGGCACUAAA